UCGACGACGACUCCGACGACGACUUCGACGACUUCGACGACUUCGUCGACUUCGAGGACGACGUCGACGACUUCGACGACUUCGACGACGACUUCGAGGACUUCGACGACUUCGUCGACUUCGAGGACGACGUCGACGACGUCGUCGACGUCGUCCUCGAAGUCGACGAAGUCGUCGACGUCGUCCUCGAAGUCGACGAAGUCGUCGACGUCGUCCUCGAAGUCGACGAAGUCGUCGACGUCGUCCUCGAAGUCGACGAAGUCGUCGACGUCGUCCUCGAAGUCGACGAAGUCGUCGACGUCGUCCUCGAAGUCGACGAAGUCGUCGACGUCGUCCUCGAAGUCGACGAAGUCGUCGACGUCGUCCUCGAAGUCGACGAAGUCGUCGACGUCGUCCUCGAAGUCGACGAAGUCGUCGACGUCGUCCUCGAAGUCGACGAAGUCGACGACGUCGUCGACGACUUCGACGACUUCGACGACGACUUCGACGACUUCGACUACGACUUCGACGGCUUCGACGACUUCGACGACGACUCCGACGACUUC